AUGGUCUACCAAUCCAUGAUCAUGAUCCUCGUUGGCGCGAUCGCCUCGACCAUGUCCGCGGCGUUUCAAGACGAUUUCCCAGCCAGCGACGUGCAAUUCGUGGAGCGCACCGGAGUUCCAACGCUUACCAUUCGUCCCGACACUACCACCGCUUUCCCCCGCACGACUACAGCGUAUCCGACCACAACGUUCUCCACAAGCACGACGACAGCCAGCCCGUUCACCACCCAAACUCCAACAACGACAACUAAGGCUCCGUCGACUACAGCUCCUCCGUACUACAUCUGCGGCGCCGGCAACGACAACCACCUCACCCAGUACUACAACUUCUACUCCGACGACAACAUCCUGGUCCGUUCUGACCACUACCUCAGCCCCGGGUCCGACUACCACCAGCAUGAGUCCCACAACAACCCCGGCAGCUUCGGCUACCACUACCAAUCCCCCCACGACUACAACUUCGAACCCGGCUACCACCACCACUUCCCCCUCCACGACAACAGUAGCUCCGGCUUCCACAACUGCGACCCCGGCUACCACCAUUUACCCCACGACUACAUCUGUCGCUCCGGUACUACCACGGCAGCUCCGGCCACCACUACCAUUUCCCCCACUACGACGACUGUAGCCCCUACGAACACCCCCACAACCGUGGACCCGACCACCAGCACCGCGAGUCCCGAGACCACGACCAGUAUUUCCAGUACCACAACGUUCACUCCAACGAGCACAAUGGCUACGACGACGCCAUAUCCGAGCACAACCGCGAUCUCGUAUCACGAGCCGCUGUACGUUCCAGGCAAUUACACUGGCAAUGGCACUAGCAAUUCCAGCACUUCGAGUUCUUCCCCCGAAGACAUUGUCUUUUGCGACCGAGUGAGUGUGGAGCGAGACGCCACUUACUGCAUUUCUGGCCCCAUUUGCAGCGGUAGUGGCGAUGUGCCCCGCGGCGUCCAAUGCCCUCAGGCUGGAGCCGUCGCUGUCGCCCAGUGUUUGCCAACCUUGAGCUCGUAUAACGAGCCGCUGCUGGCGCAGUGUAUUGCGCCAGCAGCCGCCGUUUGCCAAAAACUCGUGGUCACGGACGCAUGGGGCUGUGUCUUGCCAGGAGGCUGCGGGAAAUGA